AUGAAUGGGUACCCGAUCGGUUUCCGUUUUCACCCGUCGGAGGACGACCUCUUCUUCCAUUACCUCGCGAAGAAGGUGGCAGGGGAAUCGGAGGCCAUCCCUCCGUUCAUGCCCGAGGUCGACAUUUACUGCGACGGAGACCCUUGGGAGAUCUUCGACUCGAAUUCGAGGGAAAGCUUCUACGUCUUCACUAGGCUAAAGGUGAUUAAGUCCAGGGUGAAGAGGACCGCCGGUUCCGGGACUUGGAGCAAUGGAAAUAAGCGGAAAAUCAUGGACAGUCGAGGCGAGGUCGUCGGCUACAACAAGCUGUUCACCUUUAAGUCGUCGGCCGGAAGCGAGAAGAUGGAGAACGGACGUUGGACCAUGCACGAGUACUCUAUGAUUGGUCAAGAGAAUCCUUUCGACGGUCAGAUUGUUCCCGAGGAUAAUUACUGUUGA